AUGUUGGUUAGCCAUGACGGGAAUGAAGGCAUCACACAAACAAUAGAGUUCUCAGUAAUCCUUCAAACCCUUAUCGUCUUCUUCCUUGGCUUCCCCCAACAAACCCCAAUUCCAAUAGUCCAAUUCGCUUUCUCGGGUUCAAGCCCAAUCUCUCAUCUUUCUCUCUCCUCCCAACUUUCUCUCUCCUCGAAGAACCCCUCUCCGGAUCUCGAUUUCACCGGAUUCAGAUCGGUGUUUUCGCCGCUGCAGCUGCUGUUAUCGGUAUUCAUGGAGUCACUUCCCACUGAAAACAACGCAUUGGUCAACAUGGAGAUGCAGCCGGUCUUCCUAGACGCGCAAAACAUGGAAUCGCAACCCAACAAACGCCGAAAGAAGAAAUCAAUCGUAUGGGAACACUUCACAAUCGAAAACGUGGGCCCCGGUUGUAGACGCGCUUGUUGUAAACAAUGUAAACAAUCAUUCGCAUACAGCACAGGUUCAAAAGUCGCCGGAACAAGUCACCUGAAACGCCACAUCGCCAAGGGCAGCUGCCCGGUUGUCCUCCGUAACCAAAACCAAAACAACCACCCCGACCUGUCAUCACCAUUCACCACCCCACAACCACCAAACACCGCCACCGAAACACCCAAGCGCCGCUACCGGACCGCCUCUGCCGCCCCGUUCUUCCCCUUCGAUUCCGACCGCUGCCGCCAUGAAAUCGCCCGUAUGAUCAUCAUGCAUGAUUACCCACUUCAUAUCGUUGAACACCCAGGUUUCGUUUCCUUUGUUCAUAACUUACAACCGAGGUUUGACUUGGUCAACUUUAGCACUGUGCAAGGCGAUUGUGUGGCGACUUAUUUAAGCGAAAAGGAUAAAAUCCAGAAAGUGAUUGAAUCAAUGCCGGGUCGGGUUUGUCUCACGGUUGACUUAUACGGGUCGUGUCAAACCACGGGUUAUGUUUAUGUAACGGGUCAGUUUGUGGAUAGUGAAUGGAAGAUUCAUCGGAAGCUUUUAAACGUGGUAAUGGAACCGUAUCCCGAUUCCGAUUCCGCCUUUAGUCAUGCGGUUUCCGCUUGUCUUUCCGAUUGGAAUAUGGAAGGGAGGUUGUUCUCGAUUACGAUCAACCAACCCGUGAGUGAAAUCGGAAUCGAAAGUCUCCGGAAUCUUCUCUCGGAAAAAAACCCGAACAUCCUCGGCGGUCAAUUACUCCUCGGAAACUGUCUUUCCCGUUCCAUAAGCGGAAUCGUAUCGGAAUCACUCGCCGCAAAUCAUGAAACCGUGAAAAAAGUACGUGAUUGCGUGAAGUACGUGAAAACAUCAGAAUCGUUAGAAGAGAAGUUUUUAUCCCUUAAACAACAACUUCAAGUCCCGAGUACAAAAACGUUAGCAAUCGACAACCAAACGCAAUGGAAUACAACGUACGAAAUGUUACAAUCGGCAUCGGAAUUGAAAGAGGUGUUUUCUUGUUUAGAUACCACCGAUUCCGAUUACAGUAAAGGCCCGACUCGCGAAGAGUGGAAUGUAAUCGAGAAUCUUUGCGCGUAUUUAAAGAUUUUAUAUGACACCGCGAAUCUUUUAACAACCUCGAGUGUCCCGACAACAAACACGUUUUUCCAUGAAGCGUGGAAGAUUCAACUCGAGCUGGCUCGGGCAGCCGCCAGCGAGGAUCCGGUCAUCAGCGGGCUGACCAAACCAAUGCAAGAGAAUUUCAAUAACUAUUGGAAAAAUUGUUGUUUGAUAUUAGCAAUCGCGGUAGUUAUGGACCCACGUUUCAAGAUGAAGUUAGUUGAAUUUAGUUUCACAAAGAUAUAUGGUGACGAGGCGCAAACGUAUAUAAAUAUAGUGGAUGAAGGGAUUCAUCAGCUUUUUCUAGAGUAUGUUGCGCUCCCGGUGCCGCUAGCGAAUGGCGGUGGUCCGGUGACCGGAGAAUUGAAAACGGAGGAUGGGGAUGGUGGGGGUGGAGGUGGAGGUGGUGGUGGGGGGCCGGGGUUGACGGAUUUUGAUAUGUAUAUUAUGGAGACGACAAGUCAGCAAUCGAAAUCUGAGUUGGACCAGUAUUUGGAGGAGUCGUUGUUGCCACGUGUGCAUGAGUUUGAUGUGGUGGGGUGGUGGAAGUUGAAUAAGGUGAAGUAUCCGACACUUUCGAAGAUGGCGAGGGAUAUUUUGUCGGUGCCGGUGUCGACGGUGGCGGCGGAGGCGGUGUUUGAGGUGGGGCGGCCGGAGAUGGGGCGGUACCGGUGUUCGUUGAGGGCGGAGACGGUGGAGGCGUUGGUGUGUGCUAAGGAUUGGUUGCGUGGUGAGAUGGUGGAGGCGAGUAAUGCGAUGAUUAAAAUGGAGUUUCCGAUUUGA